GAUUUGCACCAAGCAACAUAUCGUUUCUCUCAAUCUACUCUUCACCUAAGACUCCACAGCAGCUUUAUCUCCCAAAUUACCUCCUUCCUUGAUGCUGCCACCACUUCUUCUCUUCUUGCUGCAGCCACAAGCAGCCUUCCUCUUCCCUUUCUCCCUUGGGCACCUUUCCUCUGCCCACGCACACACAGGCACACAACAAGCAGUAUUUCUCUGUACGCACAGCUGCUUACGCACACAGUUGCAGCUCACCCACCUGUUUCCCUUCACCACUGCGGCCCAGUGCCCACAGGUUGCUGUGCUCGCGUCCGCUGCCGGCGGCCGCCUCUGCACCUUCACAACCCUAGCGCCUCUCUUCACCAGCAGUUCCUGAAUCGGGAAAAUCCCCCAAAUCGGCGCACGACCAAGCGCCACCAAAUCAGCACCAACCAGCUUUCCUCUUCUGCACAGCAAAACGCUGCACCACCUGCAGUUCUGAGCUCCGGCCGGCCGGACUUGUCCCUGCUGCAGCGCUCCAGCAAGAGCAACUCUCCUCUGUUUUUCCUCUCCGCCUCACUGCAGCCAGCAACAAGCCUCAGCUGCAGAUCAUGCACUUGCGUCGCUGGCCGCCGAUUCACCGGCAGCCUCCCACCGUCUCCUCCUGCUCUGAUACCAUGUUGUAGUCACACUCCAGGAACACUCGAGGGGAUUGGAUUUUUCUCGAAGCACCUCCUUCAUUCCUUCACAUACAGAGAUAUACAAGUUAGAUCUUUGAUUGAAGAUAUCAGAGAUGUCGGGUUCCAUAAGGUUGAGACUGGAUUAAAGACAAUAUCUGGCGGUACUCAUGCUGUGAAGCUCAAAAAUCUCUCUGCAAUGGAGGUGAAUAUUGUGCGUCUUUUCAUGGUGAGAACUCUGCAGGCGUUCUACAAGCAUGACAGCCCAAAGAUGAUCCAGCAGAAAGAUAAUGCAGGGAGCAAAGCUCUCUCUUUUGUAUAGACAUGAUUUGUACUGUUUUCUAGGAAAUAGCUGCCAUUACCAUAUUUAACUUUGUGUUGGCUGCCCAGAAUGAUUGCCUACCACGAAUCAUAAUCAACUUGAGUAGCUUAUAUGGCA